AUGGUUCAGCUAGUGAUCAGUGCAUCUCAGUUCCAAUCACAAGUGGUCGACCUGCUGCCAUGUAAUAAGAGACAGAAAUCACAAUUGAUCUACUCAAUGUUGGAGAGCUAUGGACUUUUAGAAUGCUUUGACCAUAUAAUUGAUGUGCCUAGUUGUCAAAGGAAGGAUCUAGAGAAGUUUCACUCAAAAGACUACCUCAACGUGAUACUCGAUGAGCAAUUGAAUUGGAACCCUCAAAUCGAUGGAAAUGAAGAUCAGUUAAUGGAGCUUCGGAAAGCUUGGAACGAUAUAACCACCAGCAAUGAAGCGUCAAAACCAGAUUUCAAAACUUAUUCCGAGUUAUUGCAUUAUUAUAGGGAUCAUAUUGAAGUUUCUGAACAUAAUAAGAAGAGGACAGCUCUCGAGGCUGAGCUGUCCGAUGUUGAAAGCGGAGAUGAAGUUACAAGGCGAUCCACGUUGGCCAAAUUCAACUUGUUGGAUGAUUGUCCUAUAUUCCCAUAUUUGCCAUUGUACUGCUAUGUGUCAACGGGCGCAACAUUAUCGCUAGCACAAUACAUACUGGAAGGCAGUGAAAGGACCAUUGCCAUUAACUGGGAUGGCGGCAGGCAUCACAGUAUGAAGACGAAAGCCAGUGGAUUUUGCUACAUCAACGACAUAGCUCUGUUAAUUAUGACAUUGAGACGUGGCGGUGUAGAUCGCAUUUCUUAUGUUGACUUUGAUCUUCACCAUGGUGAUGGAGUUGAGAAAGCGUUCAAGUACAGUAAGCAAGUGCAGACAAUCUCAUUGCACAUGUAUGAGACUGGGUUCUUCCCUUGUAGUGGAUCUCUCGAGGAUAAUUCUAGCGGUAAGAGCAUCGUCAACAUCCCACUCUUACACGGUCUAGAUGAUUCAACUUUACAAGAUAUAGCGAAGAGGAUUAUUGUACCGAGUAUAUCCAAACAUCAACCCAAUGUAAUUGUAAUCCAAUGUGGUGGCGAUGGCCUGAAAGGCGACAAGUAUAGUGAGUGGCAACUAUCCAUAAAGGGCCUGACAUCUACAAUUACCUCUUUAAUAGAGCAGUUCAAUUGCCAUAUUGUAUUGCUUGGUGGAGGUGGGUACAACAACUUGCUAAUGAGCAGGUUCUACACAUACUUGACCUGGAGCAUAUGCCACCAAUAUGCCUCUGAAUACAGUACACCCAUCGAUGAUCUGAUACAGGACCACUGUUAUAGCGACCUGUACAGUCCAGAGCAGUUUAAAUUCUGGUAUUACGACCAAGAAACUUCAGGAGGCUCGCUCAAAAACUACAAUACAACUGCAUACAUUGAAGACCUAAUAAAAAAUAUACCACUGACAUGA